GUAGCCGCGGCUGCAGCUGCAUCGGCUCUCAGACUGAGGCCGGUGUCGGCAGGCAAGAGUUGGCCCCAGCUGCAAAUAGAGUGAAUUGUCUCCUGAUAACGAAUGGUUACCUGAGGGCGAAAGUCCCCAAAAUAACAGCAAAGUCCUAUCCCGCCUGGCUUCCCUUCGGACCAAGUCUUUUUUUUGUUUAAAAAUCCUAUUUGAUCAAUCGAAAACGUUAUCAACAAUCUGCAAAUUCCGCCCCCUCCCCCGCUUCCUCAGCAACCCCCAUCUUCUUUCUUUUUCCCCACCCCCCUUGAAACGUCAGAGUGAAGCUGUAAAGGCUCGGUCGGUGUCCUCAGGAAAGCCCGAGGCUCUGCUUAAGGCCUGGUUGGAUGAAUCCUGAGCUUUUAACAAUAACACAAAAAAUAAACACACAAGGAAGGAAAGAGAGUGUGAGAGAGAGGAAAAAAAGAACAUUAGAAGAGGGGAGAAGGCAGUCCCAUUCAGAAACGAUUAUUGAGAGAGAAAUCGGCUGGUUUCGCUGGUCUCCAUCCUCCCCCAGGACAGAUACAGUGACAGAUGUGCUGUUUCCCUCAUGUCCAUGAUCUGCACACGACACUGCGGCUGUUCGGCCUCGGUGUGGUCAGGCAUUUUGCUUCGGACCCCGUGAUAAACACAACUUGGUGUUGGACGUCAUGAGCAUAGUAAUUCCACUUGGAGUUACUACACCAGAUACUUCAUACUCUGAUAUGGCUGCUGGAUCAGAUCCAGAGUCAGUGGAAGCUAGCCCUGCAGUUGCUGAGAAGAACAGCUACUCAAAUCACAACUAUGGAAGUGCACAACAUCAUGGAUACAGAGGUCUACCUUACGCAGACCAUAACUAUGGUGCUCCACCACCUCCAACACCCCCGGCUUCACCACCUGCACAGACUAUAAUUGCCCGAGUAGAGUUGAAUAGAUUGCGUUGCCAACGAUACGAUGAUAAUUCUGAGGAUAGCGACAGUUCAUCUGAGGAUGAGAACAUUCCCUGGUGUCAUUGUAGCUUAACUCAGGAUGGUUUUAUUAUCACGUGUGAGAACUGCAGGGGCCUUGACAGGCGGAAGGUUAUCAGACUCCAGCGCAGGAAGCAGGAGAAUGUGUCAGUUGGAGAUAGCAGUGCAACUGAGAGUGGGGAUGAGGAGGUAUCACCAUCAACUGUGUCGUAUACUGCAACACAACACACACCAACUAGCAUCACACUCACAGUCAACCGUGUGAAGAGAACCAAGGCAAAGAAGAGAAAGAGAAGUACAGAAAAAGCAAAAAAUGCCCCCAAAGCCAAAAAGAUAAAGGCCUUUCGUGAAGGGUCCAGAAGGUCUAUGAGGAUGAAGAACUCGUUGUCAGAAGCUCAUGCAUUGGAUGAAAAUACUGCAGAAGGUUGGGAGAACCGGAUUCGACUCUGGACAGAUCAAUAUGAGGAAUCUUUUGCAAAUCAGUACAGUGCAGAUGUACAGAACCUUCUGGAAUUGCAUCGGUUAACGAUGAAAGACUCCGUGGGUAAAAACGUUGUGCUGGACACUAUUAACAAAACUGAACUAGCCUGUAACAACACAAUUCUCGGCUCUCAGAUGCAGCUGCAGCUUGGUAAAGUCACAAGAGUUCAGCGGCAUCGCAAAAUUUUGAGAGCAGCCAGAGACCUAACACCGGGCAUACUCAUUAUUGAAUACCGUGGAAAGGUGAUGCUGCGGCAGCAGUUUGAAGUUAAUGGUCAUUUCUUUAAAAGACCCUAUCCCUUUGUACUCUUCUACUCAAAAUUCAAUGAGGUGGAGAUGUGCGUUGAUGCCCGGACUUUUGGGAAUGAUGCUCGUUUCAUUAGAAGGUCCUGUGCCCCCAAUGCAGAGGUACGACAUAUGAUUGCUGAUGGAAUGAUCCACCUUUGUAUAUAUGCCAUCACAAACAUCCCAAAGGACAAUGAGGUGACUAUUGGCUUUGACUAUGAAUACAGCAGCUGUAAAUAUAAGGUUGACUGUGCCUGUCACAAGGGGAAUCAAAAUUGUCCAGUACAGAAACACAACCAAGGAUCGAUGGAGCCCCCAGUAGGUGCAGAGACAAGGCGGAGAAAAGCCAGGCGGAAAGAAUGGGAGAUGGAGUCAGAGCUCAAUCAGGGAUCUGAUGAAAACAGCAGUCAACAGCAGGAGGAGGCAGCAGAAUCUAAAGACCAACCAGAAUUGCCUGCACAAAAUCCAGCAAGUGACAGUGAGGAAGGACCUGGAGAAGGAGAUCGAAUAAAAGUUGAAGAAGAAAACGAAGAGUCAGAAAUGGAUGAACAACUCCGUGCCUUAGCACAAAAUAAACUGUCACGGGAGCAGCGGAAGAUGGAAGCCAUCAUGCAGGUUUUUGAGAAUUUAGAGAAGAGAAAGAAAAGGCGCGAACAGGUGGUUGAGCGCAGUACUAGUCACCCUGGCGUCGAUGCCAAUCCGGAGACUCCGACCACAGAUGUGGAGGAGGUGAAACUGGAACCUGCAGCAGAAGAACCGCUGCCCAGUGGGGCAAGAACACCACAGCCUGUGCUUGCAGGGGUGAGCACACGGCGAACUUCACAGCUAGGGGAGCAAGUUCCUGAGAAGCCUGCUAAGCCUCCUGCAUCAAAACCAAACAAGCCACGACCCAAAAAUCGUUUCUCACGCUAUCGCUCCAGUUCAGCGCAGCGACUACGUAGACAGCGACAAGCCAGCAGCCAGUCAGAGCCAGCACCAGUGAUAGCAGUUGAGGAGGGAGCAGCGGGGGCUGUAGUAACAGAAUCCACAUCGAUGGAAGGUGUUCCGAGCUUAGGAGCUCCAGGAGUAGAGACCACAUCAGGAACUAUAGUUGUCUCCCAACCAAGCCGAACCAAUGUCAAGUAUCCUAAAACCAAAAGAUAUUUGGUUACAGAAUGGUUGAAUGACAAGGUAGAGCGACCUGACUGCCCAUAUGACCGCCCAUUACGCAUCACAACGGAUCCGACUGUAUUGGCAACAACACUGAACAUGCUGCCAGGUCUGAGCCAUAGUCCUCAUAUUUGCACAACCCCUAAACACUACAUCCGCUUUGGCUCCCCCUUUGCUCCUGAAAGAAGGAGACAGAGAGUUGUGUGUGAUGGCAAUUAUGGAUCUUGCAAAAAGCGAUGGAUGAAACAGGCAAUGGAUGAGGCCAUGGUGCAACUUCCCCUUACACCAAAUGUAGGACAAGAAACAUCACCCGUACACCACAGCAAUGACAGCAGCAGUAUGCCUGAUGUACUGAAUGACACCCAUAUUUCAACAGAGUUGAUUGCACCUCUGAAGAAACGAAAGGCACGGUAUCUGUCAGACGUGAGUUCGAUCGAUUUGCCAGGACCUUGUAGUCCACUGUCAGCGCCAGCAUCUGUCACGGACACAGUCAUGUCCAGCCCGACAAUAAUGACGCCUUGCACCUUGUUUCCAGGAGAAGAGGACAAGAAAAAUGGAUAUAAUACGGUUUAUUCUCCCCUUCAUUCCCUUGCUGCUAGCCGAUGUAAUACUCCACUACAGUUUGAGAACAUUUCCUCUCCUGAGAGCUCCCCAGUGCAUAGGCCUGAGCCGUUUUCACCAGAGCCGCCUCUGAGAGCGGAUAAUGACCAGUCCAGGACUGGCUUCUCAGAUCUUUCCCUUCAAGCUGACCCAGAUGCCACUACUCUUCGGGUCACAGCGGUUACCGAGGGGCCACUGUCAGAUUGUGCUGCUCAACUUCCAUGCUCUACAUUAACGUUCCCCAGUGAAUCUGAAACUGGGUUUACAGGAAGGAACAGUGACGGUCCCUCAUCCCUGAAAAACACAGAACAAGCGUUCAGGACAGAGUUUAACUUAAUAUAUGCCUGUUCGCCUUUGAACUCCAAUCUCCGAGACCUCACUCCAACACACAGGCUGGAGGGCCCCUACAGAGGACUCGAGAAUAGAACCAAUUACAUCAGUGACAGGAAAUCUUCACAAUCGGAGCGAGGGUUUGGUGAUGCUGUGUACAUGAGUCCUUCUGGAGACUCCUGCUUUAAUAGACAAAGCCAAGGAUUCUUGUCUGAGACCCUGCAAGGAUCCAUGUCUCCUCAAGCAGAUCGUCAGCCUUUGUAUUCUGAAGGAAGUACAACACCUCAGCAAAAUCCACCACAGAAGAAGAAGGUAUCUUUGCUGGAAUAUAGAAAACGUCAGCAAGAAGCGAGAGAAAGCAGCUCCAAAUCAGACGGCCUCAGCUCAGAUCCUUCCAAAACACCCAGCAACAUGGGCACUCCGACCAGACGAGGUAGUGACGGCACUUGUGCACAAUCAGCAACCAAUGGCGAUUCCACUGCCAUAUCUAGGUCAUCCCAUAGACCAUCAUCACCCCCAAGUGGUUUUUCAUCACCAGUGCACCCCUCAGUGCCUCAGAUUGAGGAGGUCAGUCCAACAGAUCCUGGUAGCAGCAAGAAUGCAACUCUCUCUGCAGCAGCCAGCAAUAAAAAUCGGAAUAGCAUGAGCACGAGGUGGAUGGUUCCUACAUCAGUAGAACGAUUGCGAGAAGAUCGGGGAAUGUUGGAACGUGUUCUUAGGAGGGUGGAAAUCGGAAGUAUGAAACGAACAGGAGAUGAGCGAAGCACAUUGGACCGUGUUCUGAGGAGAAUAGAAACUGGUUCAGUGGACUCGGUUAGGGAGAAAGAUGCAGAUUCCACAGACGGUGAAGGAACAGAGACACACGGCCUUGCACGCAUCAAGAAUUCCCCAAUUCAUAGUCCACAGAGAUAUAGUCACAGUCCUUCCAGAUAUAAUCAUCAGCUUCUGCAGGCACAACCUGAUGGAGUCGUCACUGAAUCUCACGUACUUCCACAACAAAGCAUGUCUCCCUACAGAACGCACAGCUCCUCGAGUGUUCCCUCGGCUCACACACAAGGACAUAUCUACAGAUCUUCAUCCCACGCAAUAGGGCAGAGUGGAUCUCAACAUCAGAUAGAUUCCAACCUAACAACAGCUCCUCUCUCCACUCUCUACUCAAGCCCAGUUCAUUCAGCGUCUGUUGAUACCUCUGUGGUCCAGUACAUUGGGAAUUCUGGAUACUACAGUGGUCAGCAGCAUUCUGGGAGUGUCUUACACACACUGAGUAGUACUCAACAAAAGACUAAUUCUGGAUGUACUCCUUCUAUUGCUGCUAGCCCACUACAAAGCACCACAAAAAACAUAACUGACUCUACGUUUACCCCAACUCCAAGCACCAUAAACUCUACUGUUUCACAGACUGCAAGGCCAUCACAAUCAGGCUCAUGGACCUUAAGCCCAGCAGGUUCAGGGCAACAGCUUCACUCUGGAGCUAAGAUUGCCGCGGCAUCAAGUUCUCAGCACUACCGAAAUACUGGGAUAGCCCAGUACCAAUCUCCACCGGUCCAAGGUGCAAAUGUAAGAACACAAUCAAGCACAUAUUAGACAAUGGACACAGCUAUGACCAUGUUGGAGAUGUUUGCCUGGGUGUAUAACUCUCAUGUCUCCGUAUAUGCCACCAGCAUAUGGAUCUAGUGUGGCGUAAACAACUUUAAAGUAUGGACCUUGAGUUCUGGGGAUUGUUGGGCCUAUGCCAUCAUUUACUAGAAACUUCCUUCAUACUGUACAAAAUCCUGUACAAAAACAAAAGUAAGAGUUAAGAAUUGUGUACCUAUUGGUAAGGUACAUUUUAAGCUUAUAAUUCAGAUAAAUAUUGUUUAGGCUUUUUUCCUCCAGUUCAUUUUAAAUAAACUAGUCAUGUGCAGUAAGACUUUUUUUAAAAUCAAAAUGAAAGCGUUUGUAGCGUCAAAAAUAAUGGCACGGAGGAAGGGGUGUUGAUAGGGUGGGGAGAGUUUGUGUAGGCACAUGUUCCACGUGCCAGCUUCUCACAUGUAUACUGUAAUAUCCUGGAGUAGAAAAUUUUAUUUAUCUAAUUUUAUAUAUAACCAUUCUAGGCUAGCUAUUAUCUUACCCACACAGCGGAGUUUAAUCCACGGUGCUGCAAAGAGUUUUUAUUUUACACCUGAUGCUGUGAGUUCCCUGAUGUUGAGGCACAAGAGUGGAAAAAGUGUAUUUCAGUGACUGUUACAAUCUCAAGUUUUUUUUAUUUGAAAUCUUAAAUUCAGGUCUGUGUUCAACUGAAGGGAGAAAGUGAUCUCCAUUUUGAAGAUGUAACAUGUGACAAAUACAAGUUUAAAAAAAGUGAUGCAGUCUUGCUGCAUAUUGUAUAAUGGGAGUUUAAUACUGUUCUUUUAUUCAGAACACUCUGUAUAUACCACAGCUACUUGUUAUCCUCAGAGGAUUUAGUUGCCUGACUUUGCAUUAUGUACAUUGGUAAUUUUUUUGUGUAUAAUUUCUCUUGUGCACCUUUUUUCCUCAAUUUUCUUUUUUUGACAACAGCUUUCAAUCUCCCAUUGGGCGUCUCCAUGUGCAGUCUUUUUUUUUCGAUGUGCGAUGUGCAUGAGGCGAGUUUGUUCCUGAAUGUAGCUGUUGACUGAGUUGCACAUCAUUUACAAUCAAGAAUUUAAAAAAAAAUAAAAAAUGAAACAGUAGCCUUGCUUUCUAAACAUGUACAGUCAACCCCUCCUGUGGAGUGUACAAAAAUAAAACAGUUCAU